CCACACACUUCUACUUAAACACCAUUGAAGACAAAGACGCUAAAGGAAUAUUCUUGUUUUCCCACAACACAACUUUGAAAACCUGCCGAGAGCGGGCUCGCGAAAAAGACUCUGGUGCUACUCAGAGCCCACGAGCAGGCCAUCCCUCCCAGUGUCCAACGACAGCAAGCCCGGCUCCAGAACGUGAAACGCAAAAUGACUCAGUGGCUGGGCAGAGUGGAGUGGAUGAGUCUGAUGGGCAGAGGAGUUGGGAGGUGACCUUCACCUUCCAGCCCACACACAGCCCCUCCUGGGAGGAGAGACUCUACAUUGAGCUCCAGAAGCUGCAGGCCUACAGGGAGGGUCUCCCGGGUUGUUUCCCUCGAGAUGCAGCUUGUGUUGAACCACAGAUUUCACUUUCGGGAGCUGCUGCUCUGAUGUUGGAGUACUACUCCGUAACCACUGGAGCUAUAUAGGAAGCUGAUGUCAGAAACCGUGCAGAAGCUGAUGGAGGUGGAGAAGCUCCCCCUAAGGCUUCUGAAGGAUGGAUACAACCUCCCAUCCCACGAUGCCCUGGCACAGAUCCUACCAAAUGGGCGCUACCUUUUCAAGGGAGCGAAGACUGAGCUCCACAGAGCAGCCCAACAAGAACAGAAGAGGCCAGCUGAGAGGCCAGAGGCUUCACAGGCCAACAGACCCAAAAUAAACCACACCUAUCAAGUACAUCAGCCACAUAAACGAACACCUUUGCAUGACUUUGAGGAUGAUUUCCUCAUGGCAGAGAUCACCGACCUCCAAACUAAGGAGGUGGAAAACUACCGUUCAGCCAUGAGUAAGAUGGCAGAAGACAUCAUAGUGCUGAGGACACAGGUGGUGACGUUGGAGUCAGAAAACAGCCAGCUCCGCACUAAUCUGUCUCUGCAGCAGGACCUUGGCCGGGACCUGCUGGAUGACACCGACAUUGACGUCAUGACCAAGGCUGAGAUUUCUGACCGUGUAGUCUCUCUGAAAUUGAAGCUGGCCAGUGAGAUCAGUAAGGCUGCCUCUCAAAGGGACAGGAUCCAACAGCUGCAGAAUGACCUGAUCAAGAAGAAUGACAGUGAGAAGGAGCUACUAAAUCUUCAGAGAGUUCACCAGCUGCAACAGGUGGAUCUUCAGCGCCACCACAGUUGCUUGGCAAAGAUAGCAACGUUGGAGGCCACAGUGAAACGGCAGGAAAAGGUCAUUGAGAAGAUGGAGAAAGCAUUAGAUGGCAAACUUAUAGAGAAGGUUAAGCAGAGUGGUGACAAAAGGCUGGGGGUAAAAAAGCAAAGAGGUGAGACUGACCAUAGAAAGGAAGAGACAGAGUCGGGCCUGGCAGCAGAAAACACUCGUCUCAGAGGAGACUUGGACCGGAUUCGCCAGCAGCUUGCCUCAGUCAUUAUACAGCAGUCAGCACAGACAAAAACAGAAACAGUGCCACUCAAGGAGAGAUUGACUUUACUUAACGAACUGGAAAGGGCCGAGGCAAGAGUCCAAACACUGGAGGCUCAGCUGGAGGAGAACUCUAAAUUAUGGGGGAGACAGAAACAAGAAAUGUUUACCAAACUGAGUGAGCACAGACAUGGCUUUGUCCGGACGGCCACAAGAAUCCUUCAUAAUGUUCCUUCGAGGUCUCUAUCAGAGUCAUUGUAUCAACAAAGCAGGCAAUUUAACUACUGA